AUGAGUAUAUUCGUUGAAGAUACUAUUCAAUCACUUACCCUUUUCAGAAGAAUUAAAACUAUAAUAAAAGAAUUUGAUUUUGAUGAAGGGAUAGAUUUUGUUGUCAAAGGAAACCGAUUAUUUAUCCAAUCAUUAUUACAAGAUUAUUUUGAAUUAAAAGACAAAGACUUUUCAUUAAAAGAACAAAUUUUAAAAACUUUUAUUUCUAUUUGUAAAACACAUCACUCUACAAGUCCAAAACAAUUUGAAACUCCUAAAAAUUAUGUUUUUUAUUCAGAAUGUGAAAAAUAUAUUGAGAGAUGGUGUGAAAUUCUUUCUACUAAACCAAAAAGUGUAAUAGAAAAGUAUAUUUAUUUAUUAAUUGUUCAAUUUAUUAAUGAACUUGUAAAAAGUAAACAAUUAUCUCUUGUUAGUAAAAUUAUUUCAUAUGAAUCAUUAACAAUAGUUUUUUCAUUAAUUCAAGAUGAAUUUAAAACAUCAACUAUUUACAUAAGAAAUUGUUUUAGUAUUUAUAAUGAAUUGUCAAGUUAUAAAUUAUAUGAAGAAUUAAACCGAAUUAUUAGUUCAACAUUUACUUUAAAUUUUAUACAAAAUGUUCUUCUAAAACAGUCAACAAAAGACCUUUAUGUGUUUGUUUCUGAAUUACUUUAUGACUCUAUUAAAAACCAAUCAAAUGGUAUUAUAUUUUCACAAAAUGUUAAUGACUUUCUUCAAUUAGUUCUUGAUUCAUUAGUUAAACAACAUGUUGAAAUUAAUUCAUAUUUAGAAUUUGAUGAAUUUUCUAAAUCUCUUAAUUCUAUAACUAAAACUAAUGGUGCAUUAGUAAGUGUUAAUUUUAAUUGUUCUCCAUCUGUUUCUGAUACUUCCCUUAUUCCUCCAUCACGUUUGUAA